AUGCCACCUCCACAUCUUGAAUACAAACCCAUCGAUCACUCGAUCGCCCAAAUCCGCGUCUUGACGAUCCACCUAGGGUCGUCCGACGAUCCAAUCUUAUGCUCCCUGACCCGCCACAGCCUGCAACAUGAAAACGACUACGAAGCCCUCUCCUACACUUGGGGGGAUCCAACCCGCAAUUACUUGAUUUCCAUCGGCGCGGCCUCUCUGCCCGUCACCAAGUCAGCUCAUGAUGCUCUUCGCCACCUCAGACUCAAAGAUCGGGACCGCCGGGUCUGGAUCGACGCCAUCUGCAUCAACCAAGACGACAAUACAGAGAGGAAUCGCCAGGUCGAGUACAUGGGACAAAUAUUUAAGGGCGCAUCCCGUGUUCUUGCAUGGCUGGGCCCAACUAAUCCUGGGACCGACGAGGCCUUUGAGCUCAUUAGAGCUGUUUCUGCGAAGUCCCCCAUGAAGCCGGCUCUGGACGUGUGGCGCGCCAUUGAGCCUUUGACAACCCUGAUGAACCGGCCUUUUUGGAGCAGAACAUGGAUUCUACAGGAGGUCAUUUGCCCAGAAAAAGCGCCGCUUAUCGGAUGUGGGAACAAGUGGGAAGACUGGGAGACAUGGGCUGCUGCCAGCCCUCUGGCUAUGGGGGAGGAGCUUGAAGACGUCUUGAACCCAAAGUCGAGCAUAUUAGGGCGUCAAACUUUGAAGGCAUACACCAAGGCUUUCGAAAUGUUCUCGGGGAUCGACUAUCUGCGACAGCAGUCUUAUGAGCUCCAACACCACCACAGUGGCCAGGGCAUCACCAACCUAAACGAGGUCCUCACCGUGAGCAUCAAUACGGAAUUUUCCGACCUUCGAGAUCACGUCUUUGCCAUUGUUGGCAUGAUACACUUUGAUGGGAUUGCGGCGGGCAUUCACCCUCCCAAACCGGAUUACAACAAGCACGUGUCGGAGGUCUACACCGAAAUGGCAAAGUUGUCGAUUGAGAGUGACAAGACACUGAUUAUUUUGUUUCUUUGCACCCAUCUCAGGACCCAUCUCACGACGUGGGAGACAUACCUCCCUUCCUGGACGCCGGACUUUUCCUGCAAUAUUGAAGCUCUCCGGUACCCGGCACUGAGUCGGGUAACGAGAAGUGUGCCAUCUCGAAGCGAGCAUCUACCGGUUGUAUCAAACGCGGGAGUGCUGCAGGUUCACGGCAAGUUGGUUGGCAUAAUUCACAGGACAUAUAGCCUGCAGAAGUGGUGGACGAACCUCGACAGACUUAUACGAUUUGUCGGCCCUAUCAAUGAGGCAUGUCUCGUCGAGUUGUACAGCUGCCUCACAGGUGGCCAGGACCUUGCUGAGGAGUCAUUUGACUGGUUCAAGGAAGCCAUCAGUCGUGCUUCUCUCAAGGUGGAUGGGCUUUAUCUCGACGCCGAGCCCGAGAACAAUAAGAUUAACAAGACUGAGGUCAUUGAGGCCAUCACGCACACCACCACACUGAGUGCUAGCAGAAGUGCACCGCACCGCCAGAUCUACAUGGCAACCGGGCUAGGUUCCAAUUCCAGGUUCCGACUCGGACUGGGUUCGCCUGACUGCAGGGAGGGCGAUCUUGUUUGCUUGGUUGCACGAGGUCACGCUCCACUAACCCUGAGAUUUAGUCACAAUGGUUACUAUGAGUAUGUUGGUGACUCGUAUGUGCCUGGCUAUAUGGAAGAGGACAUGGAACACGCACUGGAAGGGGAUAUCGGGAUAGAAUGGACAAGAUUUGACAUUCUCUAA